AAACCGGAAAUGAAUUAAGAUAACCAAAAUAACUAAAAAAUAAAGGCUAUUCGAAAUGUCUUAAUUUGUACUCAUACGUACGCUGAUUUGCAGCAAGCCAAAAUGACAAGUAGCAGCCAGUCCGAAGUAUUCCGGCAGUAUCUGCGGACUGAACCGAAAGGUCACACAUCACUUAAUGUGCCGGAAGGUCGCUACAAGGGGUGGGUGCCGCGAUGUCUGUACGAUAUGUCUUGUACAAAUGUUAGCCUGCCAUUCCUCAAGUUGAUAUCGUUUCCUGUUGGAGGCUCAAGUUUGGGCACGUUGGUUGAUAUGGUCACUUUUAGUGCUGUUGGAAAUUAUUUGAGCAGGCUUCCAGAAUCAUUUGGGAAGUGUCAAAAUCUAGUAGAGCUGAAUUUGAGUUACAAUAACAUUGAGCGAAUUCCUUCAUCUGUAUUUUCAUUGACAAAUUUAGCUGAGCUGGAUUUAAGUGAAAAUGACAUUUCAGACCUGAGUCCAUCCAUAGGAAAUUUGAAAAAUCUGAAGAUUCUGAAUUUAAGUGGUAAUUUGUUCGAAGAUUUACCAAGUGAGUUGAGGUAUUGUGAAAAACUUGAAAAGUUAGACGUGUCCAGGAAAUGGUACCCAUAUGAUGGCGGUUUUACUGUGUUACCGGAGGCAGUAUGCUACCUGACUCAACUUACUUACCUUGAUGUAAGCUGGCACAAGAUAGCUACCAUUACUGACGACAUCAGAAAUAUGUCCAAGUUGAAAACGCUACGCAUGAGAGGAAACAACCUGAGGAAUGUGUCAAAAGCAGUCGCAGAAUGCAAGGCCCUUCAGUAUUUGGAUUUGACCGGUGCAAUGAGGCAAAACUCGUACAUACCACCAGAGAUUUUCACGCUACCUGAGCUUCUCAUUUUAGACAUUACAAAUAACUUUUUUACCGAAAUUUCAACAAAAAUCGUAGGGCUAAAAAAGCUGAAAAAGCUUAUAAUACGCCGCAACUCCUUACUCCGAAUACCUGAGGAGAUUUUCAAAAUGGAGAGCUUGGAAGCCAUAGAUUUUAGCGAGAAUUACUUGAAAGAGAUCCCCGGUUGUAUAAGUGAGUUAGAGACACUACGACAUGUGAAUCUCUCCUGCAAUAAGAUAGAGGUUCUCCCUGACGAGAUAUGUGACUGUGCGGGACUUACGGAAUUACAGCUUCACUAUAACGUGCUGGAACGGCUGCCUAAUAAGAUUCACAAACUUCAGAACCUGGAGGAACUCAUGCUGGAAGGUAACAAAUUAACAGAGCUUCCUUUGAUGAUGGACAAGCUGGAAAAACUGUCUGAGACGGAGAGAUUGAGUGUGUUUUACAACAACCUGAAGAAACCCCCACAGGCAAUAUGUGACCAGGGUGUUCACAACAUCUAUGACUAUCUUAAGGAGUUGCGAGUGUGUGAAGCUACGCAUCGUAAGAAGCUGAUCCUGAUCGGGGCCUCAAUGGCGGGAAAAACCAGUCUACGGAAUGUCCUCCUGCUGGGAAAAGCGAAACUGACAGAGUUGCAUGAGCGGACGUGGGUCAUGGAACAGCAUUUGUGGGAACCAGAGCCAGACCUGCGUGUUCAAUUACUGGAUUUUGGUGGACACCACAUCUACUCGGCAGCCCAUCACAUGUUCUUGACACCCGAGGCACUCCAUGUACUGGUUUUUGACCUCUCUUCUUACACGCCUGACAAGUAUGACAACAUGGUCGGGGAUUGGCUUGACUCAAUCAUGGAUCGAGCACCAGGGGCAACUAUCAUGGUUGUUGGAACCCACGCUGACCUCUGUACAAAGGAGCAGAUAGCGGAGAAUGUUGAGUCCAUUAAACAGCGGAUGCACCAGGAGGAGAAUGGAAAAUUGCAGGACCUGGACAUGCAGUUAGAUAUAGAGAGGCGGAAAUUACAGGAAGCCCACAAUGAAUCGGGACAAAGGUUUCCUGACCUUGACACCCAGAGGCUUCAGGAAAGAGUAAACAGAAUGAUGAAAUUGAGGGAAACUCGAAUAACGCUUCCCAACAAUAUCUAUGUCGUAAGCUGUGCAGACUCUCUAUCGGGUGAGGAUUUUCCCGGUAUAAUCUAUUUCCAUGAGGACCUGACCAGCAACUUGAAGUCAUCUGAGCCCCAGCUCCUGCCUGACUCCUGGUUGAAGUUCCUGACACAGAUACAAGAAAGGCCGGAGAAGAUACUCCUGUGGUCGGAGGCCCUGCAAAUACUUGAUUCCCUAGUGAAGGGCCUCAGUAUCUCGUACAGUUCCCUACAGGGGUCGGCCGAGAAGAGUUUGGAAACUGUGCUCAGAUAUCUACAUGCUACAGGUGAAAUAGUGUGGUACCAUGACAACCCUAAGCUGCGGGGUAUAGUUUUUCAUCACCCGGAAACACUCGUUGAAAUGUUAAGGGCGAUCUUCAGGCAUGACUUUAACGAGGUGGUCAACUAUGUGGAGUCUUAUGGACAACUUGCAGGUCUGACCCGAGGGAAGUUUGAUGGUUUGAAAACUGCAUUCCUACAGCGUGGCUUGAUGACCACGGAACUACUGAACUUCUGUCUACAGCACUUUAGCCUAAGUCUUCAAUCCCAAGACAUCUUUGUCGACCUCAUGCUGAAAUUUGACCUAUGUUACAAGGUUGAAGAUUCAACAAGUGCCCCAGCCACCAUGGGAUCAGAACGUAUUCUCCAGUUUCCAUGGUUUCUACCGACCACUCCAAUCCCUGAUCUGGAUACGAAGUGGCCUGAUCAGGUCCCAUCAAAUACUAUUGAGCUUCGUUAUCAGCUGCAGUUCCUAAAGAAAGGACUUCCAAAUUUCUUCGAGAAAAUGUCCGCCAGACUUCAGGGCAUUGUCACUCAGCGAGAAGAUUGGAAGGAUGGUAUCCUAGCAACGAGGAACAACACCAAGCUUCUACUGACCAGGAAGAAGAUCCAUGGACCAAGUUGUAUAACUCUGUCGGUGAGGGGUGCAGAGCUCCAAGAGUUGUGGUUCCUGGUUUUGAACAUAAGAAGUGAGAUGCUGACUUUAUUGAAGGAAUGGCCAUUUGUUAAAGUGGACGAGUACAUGGUCUGUGCCCACUGUAUACUGACUGGCGAGGCCACACCAUACUUGUGGAGGGGCGAGAUUCUCAACAUGAAGUGUCCGAAGGGGAUUUACGAGAUCAAGUGCUCCAGAAAUGAUGCACGGGUGCCGUCUUGCCUAGUGUACCCGCUGGACCCAGAAUUUUCACAAAGUGAUAUUGGCAGACACAUCACUAUAGUAACUGAUUUUCUUCGCAGCAUUUCUGAUUCCACUGACGGGGGAGGCCUUCUGACUGACCUGAUCCUGUUACGUAUCGCAGCCAAACUUGGAGUAGAGUGGAUAACAGUGGCCUUAGAGCUGGGUCUCAUCCAGGCACAGAUAGAACACAUACAGAUGGACAAUGAAAAAUCUAACACACAUAGACAUAUAUUCCUUGCACUUAUCAAAUGGCGUGAUGAAGUGACUAAAGCCAGUGGUCAGGAAGACUUAAUCGAGGAACUCUUGGAAGCCAUAACUAAUGCAAACAGGGCUGACCUCGCUUUGGAACUCCGAGAACAAUAUGUAGGGAACUGAUGUGCUCCCAUGAAGUUGAAUUUGAAGAGGAUUUCACCGUAGACAGUACUCACAGUUGUGACCAUUGACAUUCAUUCAUUCCAUUAAGAAUAUAAUGUUGUGAUGCUGUGAUUGACUAAAGACAAAGAUAGACAAUUUUAGGCUUUCAUGUGAACAUUGUGUAUAGUAACAGGGAUGUGAUUUGUCUGCGGAUUCGCGGAAUUCCACGCAUCUAAUGGCCCCAUAGACCCCCCCCCCCCCAAAAAAAAAUAAAAAAAUAAAUAAUAAUAAUAUUUUUUUUUUUAUAAUUUUUAUUUAUUUUUUUACCUGAAUAAAGUUAUUUGGCUGCUUUCAGUUGUUCAAGUUAAAGUCAGGCGAGCCCUCAAAAGAGCUUCUAAAAAGCCAUUUUUUCUUCUACAGCAGUGCGCUUUUGACCCCAAGAGCGCCCCAUAAACCCAUGGCCGAAAAUGUUUCAGCCCUCCAGCUGCCAGGUCAAUCACAUCCCUGAGUUAGCUGUUCACGACUGACUUCAGACAAUGGCAUAGCAAUUUUUGACUGCCAUUGGUACCUAAGUAAGCUCUAAAUCGAUAAUGUUUUGAAACUUCGAUAUAUAUAGCAAUUAGUCUGUGCUGUUGAUGAAAUAAUUACCAUAUUGCCUGAACUGAAUGUAGGGAUCAUCAUUUAUACAUGGAACAUGUGCAUUGCCACUGAAAGUGUGGAGAAAUAAUCAUACAGUGUGGAUGCCAGUACACAUGUGGUGCUUUAGUGAGAACUCAUGAUUGUUUGAUUAUAUAUACAUGCAUAUUUAAUUUCCAUGUAAAUGUACACAUCAUUUUAAUAUGUUGUCUAGUAACUCUAGUUAGAAUAAGAUCAUUAAUUGAAUGCAUAAAUUUCAAAGUAUGACGAUAAGAAAUUUAUUAUUAUUAUUUUUAUAUUAAUCCGGAAAUCUGUAUAGAGAGCUUAUGACCUUAGACUAUUGUUCAAUUUUAAAAGUUUAUUUCUCAGACAUUUGCAUAAAAAACAGUACAAAGUACCCUGAAAUAAAAAUAAAUGAUAAAGGGAUCAAUUUCAAACGUGUCUUAACCCCUUGACUCUGCUUUGGGCAUUAAUUCCUCAUACUCAAACAUAUGGUACCUCAGGAUUGACAUUUUUCAGCUGUUAAAACCCCAGAUUAUUAUAAAUAUUGUUAAUGUAAUAAUUAUUAUUUCUCCCGAAAUGGGAGUCAUAAUAAUUAUAUUAACAAUAUUUAUAUUAUUUGUUUUUUGUCUGUCUGUCUGUCAGUUUGUCUGUAUGUCACACUUUGUUUCUGCUUAACAAUUAUGGAACACUUGGACCUAGGAAUUUCAUACUUGGUUUGCAGGUUUGUCAUGGCCAGUAGAUGACUUCUGUAUAUUUUGACAGCAUUAGGUCAAAGGUCAAGGUUACGAUGACCUUGAGGUGAAAAAAAGGUUUUCCCUCAAUGACAAGACCUGUUUUGUCCAGGAACUUCAUAAUUGGAAUGCCAGUUGGUCAUGACUAGUAUCUGACCUAUAUUGAUUUUUAGAUCAGUAAGUCAAAGGUCAAGGUUGCAGUUAUCUGAAAGUCAGAAACUUGGUAUUGUUCAUAAAACAAAAUAGUACUUUUUACAUCCAUCUUGUCACAAUAAUCUUAAUAUUUACAGGAUCACUGAUCUAAUGCAGUAGAUGCUCACUAUUGAAUAAAGGUGAAUAAGCCACACUUCAAGGUCACUGUUGGUUUGUCUCCAGUCAAAAGAUAUAAUUUUAUGCCUAUCAUUGAUCAAUUCUUAGCUACAACCACACAAUGAGAGUGACAAUCACUUUUUCAAAAAAGCAAUCUUAGUUUAUUUUUACAUAACUGGAGAACCAUUUCUUUUUUACAUUUUUUCAAGCUGUUAGGUCUUAAAACUGUAUUGGUUUACAGUUCUUUAUGCAACAUCUUAACACUUAAAUAUUGCUUUAAAUUUGUGUGUGUGGGGGGGUAUUUUUGCUAAUAUGAUACAUAGGAUACAAAAUUCAAAUCCCUCAAAAAAUGAUAUAAGGAAAACAUAAUGCAUCUUAAAAUCAGUUAAUAUAUAUUAUAUAUAUAUAUAACGCACAAAACAAACUUAAGAAUUUAAAGCUAUCUACAGUUAUAUGUUUUUAUAAUCGGGCCAUGUUGGUGCAAAGUUUAUUUACAAAUUGUACAAAGGACAUGCAUCAGAAAGUCUAAGGGAAUUAUACAUGUAUAGCUUAUUGUAUAAUUCAUAAUAUUCAUCUGUAGACUUAAUUUGCUCUCAAAGGGAUAUAAAGAGUUGUGAUUAGCAAUCAAAUUGUUUAAUCAUAUCUUUGGGCUUGUAUUCAUAAAACAUCUUAAAAGUCAUUUUUUAACUUAAGUCAUUUCCCUAAGUUAAACAUCUCACCUUCAUAAUGAUAAAAUAACUUGAUGAUAUCUAAUUAACUUCAUGUUCAUUAAUAGUAUGUAAAUAUACAUACUUCUAUGUUUAAAACGCCUUGACUUUUCUUUGAAUUUGUCUAUGAAAGUAUAGGAAAUUGACUUAAGAAAUGACUUAAAUGUUUUAUAAAUACCAGCCUUGGUUUCAUAAGUUUGUCUAUCAAUACAAUCAAUUGGUACUUCUUUGAUAAUCAUGGGGCUGAUUGUUCAGAAAUGUGUUGAAGUUAAUAAUAUUGUUAACUUUCAAAUUGUUACUGCUUUUGAAGUUUAAUGAAUAUUUCUAGCAAGAUUCGAGACCAUUGUUUCAAUUGAUUAAUUUAGAUAUGUGAGCAAAUUGUCAACUAUUUGACGUUUAAAAGUUAACAACAAACUUGUUAACUUUGUCGUUAACUUUAACAAAGAGCUGACCAAUCAGCUUAAUGCUAUUCAAGCGACAAAGGUAUCUUUGGAAAUGAUUGUCUAGUCCGGAUUGAUUAUGACUAUUGUCUGUUGAUUACAUGUAUACCUUGUUGAUGAUAAUUCAUUUUGUUAAUUCAUUUUGUUAAAUGUAUUGUUUUAGGAGUAAAAACUGGUGGUAUGAGUGGAUGAAUGAAAUUUCUUUCAUGCUUUUCGAUGAAAUAUGGAGUUUUAUCAGUGAAAUAACAACAGUGAAAAUAUCAAUUUGAUAUUUUCACUGCAAAAUAAGAGUGAAAAUAUCAAGUUUCAGAACUACUUUUAAAAUCCUUUGUUGUUACUUCCCCUUCCCACUUUGCCACUCGUGAAAAUAUUUUUCUAUGACGCUUGUGAAAUAAAAUUUGAUCUUACACUGAAAUAAACAAAUAUCCUCUAUGUAUUGGUCAAGUGACCAGACUGAAUCAAAAAUUAAUCAGGCAUAAACAAAAAAUUGUUUGUUUCCAUUAACCUGAAUGUCUUUAUUAUUUUCCUCCCGACCCUGCAUUUUUUGGCUGUAAUGUGUUGUGUUUUUUUCCAUAAUUUCUUAAAAAAUGUUCAUUAAUGAGAGAACAUGUUAAAAUUUUACAAUUUAUAUCUAAAACUCGCUACAAUAGGGAUAUCAUAAGUUAUGGGGUUAGUUUGUGACCCAAUAUGGGAUAUAAGAGGCAAAGGAAACCAUAUCGUUCAAACCUGAUUAUGGUUUCCUGUGCCCUGUUUAUGCCAUAUGAUAUGGCAACCUGUUUACAUGUUUAAAUAUUUCAUUUAUGCAUUGGAAUAUUUAUUGGAAUCGGAAAAUAGACGCCAUUUUGGUACGGUAUAAAUUUGGUGACCCAAUAUGGAAAUAUAUUGAGUCACGGUGUGACCCUCCUAGACCAAUGGCAUUGCGUCAUUUAUGUUGGCGGCGUGAUAUACCUUGAUAAAGGUCAGUUCGCUACAGAAUGCCAGUUCUCAAAAAAAAAAAAAAUAUCAAAAAAAUAAUUAUACCUACCUACCUACCUACCUACCCUAUUUUCUUUGGAAAUGUUAGUGGAAAUAAAGAAUUGUUUUUGUCUAACGAUAGAAGAAUGCAAUUGUGUAAUAUUUUGAAUUACAUUAUGUUUUAAUUGCACUUAAAUAAACUAUGUUUGAAUUUACAUUAUGCAUACACUCCUAGUUUAUUCGAUUAGUUGUAAAUUCUGACGUCUUUUUCAGCAUAAUGGUAAUGUGCUAUUCAAAGUGUAAAAAAAGAUAAUUGUAUAUUAAAGUUUGUGUAUAUUUACGUGCUAGAAAUGUAUUAAAGCAAAGCAAAGCCUAUCCGUUAGAUUUUAAUUCUCAAAUUUGAGCUAAUUUUUCUACAAGAUUAUAAUGCACUUACAAGCAUUCUUUACUACGUUUUAAUAAACUAUGUACUUCAAUUAUUAUACAUGCUUUUCAAUCAUUUGCAAAGAUAUAUAAAUUUGAUGUUUUUCACAGUUUUGAAAUUUAAGACUGUUCAAACUAUUCAAAUGAAAAAAUCCAAUGUACAUUCUUCGACUUUAUUUUCGAAAUUAUGUUACAGCGCGCUUAUUGAAAUAAAGCAUAGCACAGAGUGAAAUAUUUACCGAUGGGGUUCAUGAUUUGAAAGUUAUUACAAUUUUACAUUUAAACAAACAGUUAUUCUCCAUUUUGCUUUAUCUGACUUUAAAAAUUAUGAGAAAUUUUGCAAAAUAUUCACAAAAUUGCAUGAAUGAAGUUUAUUGUUUUAUUUAUUUAUUUGUAUUAACAUCAGCCUCUUACAUUUAUCAAGGAUUUCUUAUUCAGGUAAUUCAACAUGUGAAGUGCAAUGUUUUUACUAUAUGUUCAUUGAAUACUUAUGUUAGCAUAACUUCACAUGCACUGAUUUUCAGUUUUAAUGUAUGGAUUAUUUAAAUUACUGAGUGAGGUUAUUGGGGCAAUUGAUUCGAACUUUGUUAAUGUCUUUGUUGUAAACCUUCAAAACUUGGUGUGUUUUUUGGCAAGAUUUAAAGCUGCACUCUCACAGAUUGGAUGUUUUGACAACUUUUUUAUUUUUUUGUCUUGGAACGAGCCAAUUUUGCGAAAAUCCAUGGAAACCAGUUAUAUUAGACUGCUGACAAAAAAUAGAUCGCAGAUUUUUAUACUUUAGUUAAAAAAAUAAUGUUUUAUGCAUUUUUCUUAAACUGUUAGUAACAGAUUAAGCCAUAAAACAUUAAUUUUCGAAUGGAAAUAUGAAAAUCUACAAUCUGAUUUUUUGUCAGCAGUCUUAUAUCACUUGUUUGCAGAUAUUUACGCAAAAAUUUGCUCUUUCAAAGACAAAGUAUAAAAAAGUUUUAAAAAUGGUAAAUCUGUGAGAGUGCAGCUUUAAGGCAACUGUUUCGGCUGCAUCUGAUAUAUUUAAAUAUCUGAACACAUCAUUAAAUUGUUCACCAGAUUGCCGUUGAUCUUAUAGUUAACAAAGUUCUGAACAGCACGCCCACAUAGCAGAUUUCUGCUUAAUUGAAGUGCUCCUAUAUAAAAUAAGGCAUGAAAUGAUUGUGUGUGUUACUUGAUGUCUGUACAUUAGCCUUGUUAAAUGAUAUUCUUCUUUAAAUGUAUGUAAUAAAUAACUGUACAACAAG